AUGCUGGUGAUUGGAGUUUUGUGUGGACGUGCUCUUGAUGCUGGGUAUUUCUACGUGGAUAUCACCCUGGGUGUCUUGCUUGAGGUUUUUGGCACGAUGAUGACUUCGAUUUGCAAGGAGUACUGGCAAGUCAUCCUAGCCCAAGGCCUUUGUGUUGGCAUUGGCGCUGGGAUGUCAUUUAUCCCCAGCGUUGCCAUUGUGGGCACGUAUUUCUCGACGAGAAGAUCCACCGCGCUGGGUCUGGCUGCUACCGGCUCCAGUGUCGGAGGAAUCAUUUACCCAGUUGUGUUAAGGCGUCUAAUAGUUCAAAUUGGACUACCCUGGGCGAUCCGAGUUAUGGCAUUCAUCAUGUUUGGAACACUACUCCUCAUCUCAGUCGCUUUUAUGAAGCCUCGCCUUCCACCGCGUAAAUCAGGCCCGCUGAUCAACAUCGAGUCGCUCCGUGACACUGUUUUCGUCCUUUGGCUCUUCGCUGUGUUCUUCAUCUUCAUCGGUCUCUACAUCCCGUUCUUCUACGUUGAGCAGUAUGGUAUCAAUCUCGGUAUAUCGCGAGACUUGUCUUUCUAUAUGUUGAUCAUCAUGAACGCGGGCUCCAUCCCCGGUCGUGUCAUACCGCCCAUCAUCGCUGACAGGAUCGGCAACAUGUCAGUCAUGAUUCCUUCCGUGCUGCUCACGGGUAUCUUGAUGCUCGCAUGGAUCAGCGUGGAAUCCCAGUCAGGUCUGAUUGCCAUUUCGGUCUUUGUCGGCUUGACAAGCGGCUCUAUCCAGGCCGUGCUUCCUGCGACAGUCGCGUUCCUUUGUCCCGAUCUCUCGAAGCUAGGUACUAACAUUGGUAUGACUCUUUUUGCGGCGAGUCUGAAGUUGUUGAUUAGUAGUCCUGUAGCUAGUGCGAUUCUGGAUCACCAACGCACGUCUGAGGGAGAUAUCUCCUGGGGUACGUUUACCUUUUCUGCGCUCUUUAUAUUGGCGGGAGGGGUGUGUUUGAUCAUUGCUCGUGUGUUCAAGGUGGUAUUUGCUUUGAAGAAGGCUUGA